GGGCUCUGUUCGUCCAGCAGACGAGACAGGCAUAUUCUUGCACCCGCGUGGCAUAUUCUCUUAUGUCCCAGGCAGCGUUUUUUCCUCUCGCGAGCGCGUGUGAGCGUUUGUGUGGAGGGCGAGCGAAAGUAGUACUGUUUUCGUCUUGGUGGCUGUGGCGAUUCUACUGGCUUUAGCUCUAGGAUCGAUAAUGGUGUCGAGCAGCGACCAGAGUCGGGACUUUUCGGAGCUGUCUCCCUCGAUCUCUGCGAAGACUUUGAGCUGCUGGGGUCGAUUCUACCCUGGAUUGACGCUGCGAGACCGGAGCACCGAUCGAAUUCUUAGUGGGUCUUGGGAUCUUGCUCGAUAAAGCAAAAAGGAGAGAACUUUCAAGGAGGCCCUCUUUCAUUGUAAGUUUCUCUUUUUCUUGCUUGCGUUCCAUAGAAUUCCCCUUUCGAGGUCUCGUCAAGAGUUUUCUCUCUCGACUCUGUUCUGUUUGCUUUCCUGCUUGGAAAAUGGUGGAGAAGAGAUGGCAUUGACAAUCCAUCAGCAAGUCAAUGAAGAUCGAGCAUCUUUCCGAGCAAUGAAGCCACCACUGUACAGGCCUCCGCUCCAGCGAUCAAUAUCAUCACAGGACAGUAAUGCCUCGUCAAACAAGCCAGGUCUGGUAGACAACCAUUCACUCAUCCACAGAUCGGCGUCGCUAGACACAGCCGGCAUUUUGCACAGCCGGACGAGUUCGCAGGAGAUUAGUCUUAACUCCACACCACAGGACAGUAGCAGUAGUAGCGGCUCCAUCAAUUCUUCUCCUUUCCACGACUCCUCCGAGCUCACGAGUUCUACGACAAGUUCUUCAGCACCGCCACCACCUCUGCUUCCAUCGUGGAAUGUUAGAAGGGCGAAGUUGUCGGCGAGUUCUUCCAGCAGCAGGGCGAGCACUGGGGGAGUUCUGGUGCCGAGAGAGAUCGUCGACAAUUGGGACAAGUUGUUUUGCGAGGGCCUCCAUACGGACGUUUGCAUCGUCACCGAGGAUGGAGGGAUGACUGCUGCUCACUCGUUCGUGCUGGCCGCAAGCUCUCCGGUUUUCUUACGCUUGCUCCAAGAGCAGCAACCGUCCGGAAAGCACCACCGGCGAUCCAUCCACAUUUUGGGAGUUCCAUACGAUGCUGCGAGAGUUUUCACUCGGUUUGUGUAUUCGUCGCGAUACGAGGAAAAAGAGAUGGAGAAGUACGUGCUACAUUUGCUCGCGCUCUCCCACUCGUACUCGAUCCCGCUCCUCAAGAAGAAAUGCACCGAGGCGCUGGAGCGGGGCCUGCUCACGACCGAAAACGUCGUGGACGUGCUCCAGCUCGCACGACUGUGCGAUGCGAGCCGGCUAAACCUCUUGUGCCUGCGUCUCAUCGUCGCCAGCUUCAAGACGGUGGUAAAGUCCGAAGGCUGGCGAGUGAUGCGCGAGUCCGAUCAAACGCUCGAGCAGGAGCUCGUUGGUCACGUCAUCGAGGCCGACGCCAGAAAGCAAGAGAAGCUGAGAAAAUCCGAGGAAGACAAGGUGUACAAGCAGCUCCACGACGCGAUGGAGGCGCUGGUUCACAUAUGCCGCGACGGAUGCCGCACCAUCGGGCCGCACGAAAGGCCGCCCGACGGUAUCAACAGGCAGAAUUCUUUCUCUUCUUCUUCCUCGUCUUCUUCUUCGUGCGGCUUUCCAGCGUGCAAGGGACUCGAGUCUCUGGUCCGACACUUUGCCGGGUGCCGGACCAAGGUCUCGGGUGGCUGCCUUCAUUGCAAGCGGAUGUGGGAGCUCCUGGAGCUACACUCGAGAAUGUGUGGCGAUGCCGAGCGAUGCAAAGUCCCACUUUGCAGGCAUUUCAAGGACCGGAUCGGCCAGCAAACGAAGAAAGAGGAGUCACGGUGGAACCUCUUGGUUGCCAAAGUCAAGGCUGCCAAAGGGGCCUCCACUGCCUUCUCCUUGGCCGCUGUUUCAGCGACUUUGGAGAAGGAGGCUUACAGACAGUGAGAAUGAUAUAGAGAAUUCUUUCGCUUUGUAUAGAUGGAAGCUAAUCGAGUCUUUCGCACAAAUUGCUACUUUGAA